UGAUUGUAACCGAGGGAUCAUAUAUCAAAAUGGCGGAGCGAAGGCGAAGGAAAAGUGACGAAUAUGAGAGUGAAGGUGAGCACACAGAGCCGGCUCUGUCUGAGUAUGAGAGCACAGCUGAUGAGAGCAGACACACUGAAACUGAGGAGACAGAAGAGGAUAGUGAUGAGUAUGAGACGGAAGAGGAAGUGACAGCCGAAGAAGAGACAGACGAAGAGACUACAAAGGCGGGGCCAGUUGUCGAAGGCGAAAAAAGACAAAGUGGUGAUGGCGAGGAGCAGGCUAAGCUGGAUGAUGAUGAAGACAAGCAGAACCCUGCGUACAUACCUCGCCGUGGGGCGUUCUAUGAGCAUGACAUGCGCCUUGACCCCGAUGACCCUGCAGCAGCUCCCCCAGAGUCGGAUGAUAAACGGGGCAAAGGGAAGCUUUGGAAGGACGAUUCCAAGUGGGGUCACGAUAAGUUUGACCCCUACCAGCAGUCCCCUAAGUCUCGUCAGGAGCUGAUUGCCCUGUACGGCUAUGACAUCACACUGGAUGAAAAACCUCCAGAAAACCCACCCAAGUCAUUUGGUCGAUCAAGGCGAGGUGGUCGUAACAAUAAACCGCAGUUUCGAGACUUCCUACCGGAGGAUGAUCGUGUCAGAAAGACGGGGUAUGGGGAACCAGACCUGGGCAGUACCCAGGGGGAAGGGUACAGAGACGAGUAUCCUGCCCCUUCAAGGUCCGACUCAUACUACACAAGGGAGCCAAGUGGCCGAAGGGGUCAAGGGAGAGGUUUCCAGGGUAACCGUGGCUUUAGGGGGUCUCAGAACCAGAGAAACCGGACAUCAUCUGGUGAAAAUGACUUCAGUAACCAGCAAUCUAGUAACGAGCAUUACGAGAGCAGAGAUUCAUGGGAAAACAACCGGAACAGAGAAGGCCCGGAUAACAGGAACAGAGGGGGUCCAGAUAACAGGAAUAGAGGGGUUUCAGAUUAUCAGAACAGAGGGGUUUCAGAUAAUCAGAACAGAGGGGUUCCAGAUAAUCAGAACAGAGGGGGUCCUGGUAAUCAGAACAGAGGGGGUCCUGAUAAAUUUAGGAGAGAGGGCAUGCAUAAUCAGGAUUGGGAGGGCCCAAAUAACAGGAACAGGGAGGGCCAAGAUAGCUAUGAAACUGAAGAUAGCCUAAGGAAUCGUGGUAGGGGCAGGGGAAGACCAUUUCCCAAGAGGGGCAGAGAUAAUUUUCAGCCUAGAAAUGACUUUGACGAUGCACAAGAAUACCCUGAUAAAGGAUUGUCGAGGGGACAGGGGACUAGAAAUGUCGUAUCUGAUAACUAUGGCAAUGAAAACGUCACAAGGUAUGAACAGAACAAAUGGGGAUCGCCCGGCUAUGACCGGCAGAACAGUGGAGGUCAAAAGGUCAACAAAGACUUGCCAGCACUAGAGAGCCCUAGGGGUGGGAAAGAAAGGGUUGGCUUCAGAGGAAAAGCUAGAAAUGAAGACUCUAGAGGUUUCAGAGGAGAAAAGACUGAGAGUGCGCAAGAGGACCGUGGCGUAGUCAAGUCUUAUACUGAUCGGGUUAGUGAAAAGGCAUACGAGAAGCCGUCGCCCAAGUCUUACUACACGUUAUCAGCAACAGACGACGAAAAGCUGUUGGACGAGGAUUACGCUCAGAAUGUGGGUGGUGGUGUUCAAGCCAGCAUCAAAGACAUGAAUGUGACAGUGACGGGGGAUCGAAGAACGUUUGGGAAGGAGGCAGAGGGGCCGCAUGUACCCUCGGGGGGUCAGAAACGGGGCCAGGAGCGUCACCAUGGCCCUGCUGUUCAUGACAACAGGCACGACCAGUCCACACAUGGGCAGCCACGCACGCAUCAGCCGUCACUACCACCCAGGCUUCAGCAGCAGCAACAACAGCAGCAGCAGGAGAGGAACAAGCGACAGAAACCUCCGCAGCCACCACCACCGCCGUUGGAAGUGCCGGCGGAGAAGCCCGACUUCUCGCAGGGGCGGUCGCACAAGCGCUACUCUACACAGCGUCAGAGGCAGGGGCAAGAGGGUCCCCAGGGAUACGUGGAGCCCCUUAUUGCGCAGCCACCACUGCCCACCCAACCUGUUGUCAUGAAUCCUGCGAUGCAGCACAAGAUGCAACAUCCGCCAGUGCAGACAGUCUCGAUGCCGAUGACCCGCCCAGCGCUGCCACCCCAGCCCCUAAUGGGUCACAUGGCCGGCCCGCCCCCCAGGGUCCCGUACGGUCACGUGCCUGCCCCUAGGGGUCCCAUCGUGCAGAGCCCCCUGUCCAUGCCCCAGGCUGUGUCGGCCAUGGGUCCACAGGUUGUUCAUGCUCCACCAGGUGCUGUGUUUGCCACGCCAGCAGGGAGCCUUCAUGCGCCGACCACGGCUGUGUUGGCCGGUCCCCAGCUGAUCACAGCGCCCGGUCUGGCACCCCCGGGAGCAAUGAUAUAUGCCCCGCCCCCCUUCCAGGUCCCUGUACCACAAUUCUCCACUAAUGUUCAGACGCCGCAGACACCCGGGGAGACGGUGCUGGGCGGCACCACAUACUAUGUGAGUACUACAGCCAGCAGUCCCACCACGGGCACCACCUACUACUCCCCAGAGAUGCAGCUGUCCAACUCGCACAGGGUCCCCACUCGCAGGCCCAAGGCUCCUCUGCCUAUCGUCAACCCAGAGUUAAAAUCACUUGAUAGUGAGGAUGUUAAGAAAGAUAAAGACAAGUCCGAACAAGUUAAAGAACCAGAAUUAAGCAAUCAAAUUAACAAUCAAAUGAGUGAAAGUGUGGAGUCUGUUGAGGAAAAGACAGAAGAUCCGCUGGCUGUUAAUGAAGCUGAUGAAGAUGUGGCAAAAUCUGAAGCAGACAUUGAUCAAAGUGAUGAAAAUUCUUUUGAUGUAGAUAAUGAAAUACAUUUGGGGGAAAAUACUGAUGAUGAAGAAUUCUAUGAAAGUACAGAUCAGAUUGAAAUAAAGGAAGAUAAUACUGAAGAGUUAGGUGCAAUGCAGGCUGUUGAACAUGACACAAUUGAAGAGUUAGAUAUCAUGAAUGAAUCUUUUGAUGGCCUGGGGGAGGAAACGGAUUUGGACAGAUUUAAUGAGAUGGAAAGUAUCAUUGAGAUAAACAAGGAGGACAAUGAAAUUUCUAAGAAAGUUCAUGAAGAAACUGAAGAUGUUGGAGACAUUUCUAGCUCAGUAAAUGAUCACCCAACUAAUGGUGAAACUGAGGAAGUGACAGAGUCUAAGCAAACCAGAACAGUUGAAAUUAAAACUGAUACAAUUUUACAUGAAAGGAAAGGUCAUGUUUUUGAUGUUGAGACUGCCACCCCAACACUCAGUGUUUCAACAAGUGUUGGAGAAUUGAAGCACGAUUUACAGGCAAUACCUAAACUGGCAGAAAGGAAAGAGGUCACUGAAGAAUUUAAUAAGGAAGGUGACACUUUGCAGACAGAUGGUUGAUGUCAUGAUAAAGGGAAGGAAAAAUCAGAUCACUUAAAUCAUGCUUAAUAUCAAUUCAUAGACAAAACACAGUUUUAUUACUUUUUCAUUUACAAUGUCAUUAAUCAAUACAUAUGUUAAACACAAUAUAAUAAAUUUCACAUUUAGAAAUUGCAUAGAUAUCUCUUCUUAUAAGUGUAAAAUGUAAAUGAUUGUAAAGCAAAUAUGAUUUGUAGGUGUUUACAUUGUUCUAUUUUUGUUACAGUUGUCCUUACUUGUUAUGGAAUCAAUUUUAAUUUUUUAGGCAUAAUGAUUUUAAGCAUUUUUUUGUGAGUUGUUAGUUUGUUUCAGAAAUAGUUUAAAAGAUCAAAUGUUGGGUUCUUAUUGAGUGAUAGACAAUAAUUUUUAAAAAUUAUUACCUCUGCAUCUGUGGUAACAAUCCGUAUGCAAUUUUCUGCCAUGCUAAAUGACUUGCUUACAGACUUUAGCAUUUUGUAUGUUUGUCAUCAAAUGGUUGAAAUUGAUAAAUGUUAAGACUGGAAGUAAUAAGCUUCAGUAUAUAAGAAUAAAGGUGAAUACAAAAUGAAAGAAAGAAUAGUUUACUCCACCUUGGCUUGAACCACUGACCAUUUGGAGUAAAAAGCUAUUGCUUCACCAAUCACCCAUCCUAGCUCUUACAUUAAUGUAUGCAUUUUAUAACGUAUAUCAGCAUUUCACAUAUUUUGACAAUACAUCACAAAAACAACUGAACCACUACAAAUUAUUUAAUUGUUUUAGGUUUGUAAUGCUUUAUAAUUUUGUAAAUGUCUAAUGAUGUUUACUAGUAAACAAACAUUUUUUUUUUCACUAUGAAUCUUUUUGAUUAGUGUUAUUUAUUAUAUAAAAAUAUGCCAUCAGAAGCAUACAUGAUAUGACCCGUAAAUAAUCUUUAAAAGAAAACUAAAUGGGAUUCUAUUGUUCUUCAUUUGUUCUUUAUUUAGGUCCCUUUAAGAAGUUGAAAAUAUAUGCAAAAUUUAAAUUUUCUGCAAGAGCUUUUGUUGACCGUUUGUUGAAUCACCUUUUUCAGGGCGCAGGUCUUGAUUUUUACUUUUUUGACUAGGAAAUUUUAACAUAUUUACUAACUUGCAAAAAUGAGUGUAUACAAGCAAUUUCAGUAAGUAUAAGCAAAAUCGUCUGACUCUGCCCUCUAAGCUUUUUUAUUAACAAAUUGUUUGAAAUUAAUGUAUAUACUGUAAUUAAAUGUAAUUGUAGUAUACACUUUUUCCAUUGUUAAAAUGCAUGAAACAACAUCAAUAAAGAAUGAAAGAAC